CUCCAUACGAGGCUUGCUCAAGGUGUCUUCAAUUCUGCAUUUCGCACCGCCAUCUCGCCCCAUUCUUAACAGCUUCCUAAAGGCUUCUUCUCUCAGUUUUCUGCUCUCGGUUUUUUUUCCCUUUCAGCAAUCCUGCGCAAUGGGCUGGCUUCCCUGGUCUUCCGAUUCCUCCUCCAACGCCGCCUCCGACGGCGGCCGCAUAGCCCCCGAUCGAUCCUCCCGGCAACGGUGCUACGAAGGUCGCGACCUGUUCUUCUCAUGUCUGGAUAGGAACGAUAUCUUGGAUGCUGUCAAGAAUGACAAGGAAGCGCAGCGGAAGUGUGGAAAGGAACUUGCACAGUUUGAGACUGUCUGCUCGAGAGCUUGGGUCAAAUACUUCAAGGAAAAGCGCGUCAUGGAAUACAAUCGGGACAAGACAAUCGAGCGCAUCAAGCAGGAAGACGCAGCUAAGGUCGAGGAUCUGAAAUCACAGGGUUGGACUGCGCGGUAGAAUGGGGUCAUCUAAGUGACAAUCCCCCCAAAGAAAAACGUAUCGGGUGAUAGAACGGUGCUAUCAGCCCGAGAACAUCCAAACUGUACUAUAUCGACUUUUCGCCCACCGAUGUAUAAUGACUUCCAAAUGAGGCUUUGGGCUAACCACUUACCCUGUGUCACAAUAUUUACAUACUCUCCACUACUCUGCCAGGAAUACCAAGUUAUUAGCAUU